UGGUUACGUACCGGCUGCGGUGGUUUGCUUGAUGUUUUCUCCUGGUUCGUAUAAUGUUACCGUGAUGGUGGAAAGAAGAAUCAAGAACUAAUGUGUUUCUAACAACAGGUAUCAGACAUAACGCACCUUCUUUUGGUUUGUCUGCUCGUCAGAAAAGCUCAGCGGUGAUGUAUUUGUGUGGACUGCUUCCGUCUGUUUGGCUGUCAAAUGGCUAGCGGGCUAGCGUUUUUCUAGCUUCGAUUAUCAGUCUACGUGUAACCAGCUGGUCUCUUCAGGCCGUUGCUGUCUUGGGUAGCUACUCUAAUAUCGAUGCUCGAAGAGUAAAUCGUAUCUCGUCUGUAAAUGACAGUUAAUGUUGCCGGACGACAGGGAAAAUGCGAAUGUGGACGGUGGUGUUUCAUAGUUAGCUACAGUAGCUAACUAACUAGCUUAAUUAAUUGGUUAGCUAGCUAAUUUAGCUACUUAGCUAACUAGAGUUAUCGCGUUAUCUUGUUUCCCACCUGAGAUAGUUAAGGAGCUGCAGUUGUCUAGCAGUGUGAUGGGGCAAACACCCCUCUAUUAAGUUAUCUAGCUAUUUAAAAAGUAAAAUAACUUACGCUAACUAGAUUAAUACGCUAACUAGAUUCAUUUCAGCUAAAACUGUCAUCUGAUUAGAUACCCAACUAGUUAAUUGAUCACGUCAUCAUGCUGGUGGUGUUGGAACAUUAUCUGAAUCGCAGAGAUAGCUGACUAUAUUUUCUAGACAUUUAGCAUAGUAUAGUUUUGAUCCAGAUAGCCCUCAGCUAGCGAAUUUAUUUUGAUUGGAGCUGUCCAUUUAACCGUUAGCAAGCUACAUUAACAUUAACAUUUGACAUUGUUGGAAUAGGCAGCUACGAUGUCAUUGCUCAAUGACGUGUUCAGUGUCUUGUAAUGCGCGUGACCUUGGUGUAAAUCAGUCAUAUGACAGACUUAAUAUAUGGCCCUGGUGUAAAUCAUUGAUUUGCUUAUUUCACCAUGCAUUCGAUAUUGUAUGUUACUGAAACUGACAACAACACAUAUCCAUAUUGACAGGAGCUGAUUGUAGCCUAUGCCCACAUUUCACCCUAAUCUUUUCAAGACUGAUUAGACAACAGAGAAUCUUCGCUCCUGUAGGCAGUUUAUCAUGGUCUCAGUUGUUUACACAACACUGUCUUCUAGUCUGAUUAUAUUGGUUAACCUAUAGGCCAUGUUCUAGGCACCCUCUAUUUUAAUCACCAAUGGUGAAUUACUUUGAAUUUGAUAAUUCAGUUUAGGCAGACAGGACUACUAGUUAUGUAGACAAAGCAAUAACUCAAUCAAUACACAGAGGAAGUGAGUCAAAAGGGGUCGCUUUUCUCACUGUUCAGAUUAUAGCCUAACACCUGCUCUGAGUGACAACAUAUCUGCACUUUCUCUGCUUCACACUAGUGACUUGUGACAUUAACUGAAAGUCAUUGCUGUGCACAGAAAAAUGGGCUGACUUUUGAGUGGAAUGACUGAAUUGAUUGACUACUGACACAAGUGGUCCACUGUAUCCUUCCUCUCUCAGCAUUUGGUUUUCUAUGGCCCUAUUUUCAAUGCCCUUGGGCUAAGAGCUAUGCAGAUGGUCCGGUUUAGUGUUUACAUUUUAUUGUUAGUGCAAACAUUGAUGUUUAGGCUAUGUCUUUGUUUUGUAUUAAUACUCACUGACUCUGUGCUAUGUUUGCUAACUCAGCUAGCCUCCGUGGAGAGGUGCACCAAUGCCAUGGCCUCCAGCCACAGCUCCUCCCCAGUGCCUCAUCCCAGCAGUGGUGGCAGCGAGGGAAUCUUCCGGAAGGACAGGGACCCUUCCUCACGACACUACAGGCCCGUCCGCUCCCUGCCCGACGUAUGCCCCAAGGAGCCCACGGGUAAAGAACUCGCCUACAUUUACGGUUGGCCAACAGUCUUACAAGAUGAAUAUCUAUAAAGGUUCAUCUUGUGUCACUGUUGACCAACCAUACGCUGACUGCGGUCCUGUUUUCUACCCCUCUCCCAAAGUGUGCACUUGUACACUCUCCCUCAUGGAUUUCAAAGGAAUGGACUGGUGUAAAGAACUCCCUCCAGCGAUUCUUGCACCAAUCCAAAGCUUUUAAAUGCAUGAGCGGAAGUGAACAAGUGCACACUUCUUGGUAAAGGGUAGAGAAUUGGUAGCCUCAAAUGAGAGCGCAGCGGUGAGGAUGGUGGUUCAGGCUAGAGAAUUGGAGCGCAACCAUGGAAUGCAUCUCAAGAUGCAUUGAACGUUUUAUUACUGCUGAAGGUUUCUACUGACUACAUUUCCCACGUGCCCUUGCAGGCGAGGCAGCCCGGGGGCUGUGCGAGGGCCCGUCGGUGGUGGCCGACCAGCACAGGUGGACGGUGUACAACUCCAAGGUGAACCUCCCAGCCGCGCUGAACGACCCACGGCUGGCCAAGAGGGAGUCUGACUUCUUCACCAAAACCUGGGGCCUGGACUUUGCCGAGACAGAAGUCAUGCCCUCCUUCUACCUCCCCAACAUUACAAAGGAACACUUUGGCCCCUACCUGCAGGAAACAGCUCAGGUAACGAACACACCCCGCUGCCCCUUUCAUUCAGUUUGAAUUAUUCAGUAGAUUGGACAGAAGUAGAGACCACUGUCUGGCCUGGGUUGUGUUCAUUAGGGCAUGCAACAGAAAACAUUUAAAAACAUGUUGCAAUGGAAAAUAAAAAUGAGCAUUUCUUAUUGGGCAAGUCCAGAUAGUCCCUUCCUGUUUGUCUGUUUGGUGCCUAAUGAACACAGCCCAGGUGUCAUCCUCUUUCUAUUGUUUAAUUAUUACUAUGGAACUGCCCUUUGCAAUGUAAUGAACGUUGCCUUUUAAGCUAUUUCUAAGACUUUGUCCUCUUCCCUUUACUCGUGGUCGAAAUAGCACUAAGAAAAUGCAUCCACUAUAUUUAAACUGUAUAAGCUAUUAGGCCUAAACUAAAUCUAAAUUUAAAACUAAAUCGUGUCUGUGUUUCUCUGUAGAGGGAAAAAAUCCAUGUGCGAUGCAAGAAUAUCUGUCCCAACAAGGAUGAGCUGGACGCUGUCUCCAGCAUCACAAACAGCCACGGUAUGCAUUAUUAAAUAGCUCUGCACCAUAAUGACUGGGGCCUACAGUAUCUAUUCUGGACCGUACGGACAAAUCUAUCUUAUUAUUUGUGUUGUCAAAUUUCCUUUCAUUGUUGAAGUGAGUUGAUUCAACUAAUGUGCUCUUUCACUUUCUCUUCUUCGUAGACAAAUCAAGAACAGAGUUGGAGCAGGUGCCCAAGGUAAUUACUUCCUCUUGUUUUGUGUUGUAACAGUGAGUUGUGGGGAUUUCUAGAGCCCUAUUGAACCAUUUUGUCCCCUUGAUUUGACUGUAUGCUUUCAUGAUCCUCAAACUGUCAUUAAUACCAUUUACUUGAUAUAAUAGAUUUGUAAUUGUAUUAGUAUCUCCCUAGUCUAGCUAGCGCAGCACACAUAAGAUUUGGUUCUGGAUUCCAAAAUGAAUAUCUGCCUAAUAUCUGGCUUAAACAGAUAUUCAUGAAGCCUGACUUUGCGCUAGACGAGCCAACGACCUUUAACGCGGUCCUACCAUGGUCCCACUUCAACAGCGCUGGCGGGAAGAGCAGCAGGGACGUGGCAUCGUCACGGUUACUACAGGAAAAGGUGAGCCAGCAAAAAUGUGAACAAUUAUCAAGUCCUGCAUUGUUUCAUUGCUUCACCGUCAUGUUUCCUGUUGUUGUGCCAUCGUGUUCUGUUGUUGGCUUAUCCCUCUCUUUCUCAGCUGAGCCACUACCUCGACGUGGUGGAGGUGAGCAUCGCGCGCCAGAUCUCCCUGCGCUCUGAGGCAUUCUUCCACGCCAUGUCCUCCCAGCACGAGCUCCAGGACCGCCUCACCGAAACCGCCCGCGCCGUGGCAGUCCUCCGGGGCCGCACGGCCGCCAUCGAACGCAUCAUGUGCGAAGGCCCGCUGCGGGCAUUGCGGCAGGCGUUGACGCGCUCCAACUGCGCGCGGCUGCACAACAAGCUGAAGCUGAUGGCGGCAGUGCACCAGAGCCAGCCCACUGUGCAGCUGCUGCUCUCCACCUCGGAGUUCGUCGGGGCCCUGGAGCUCAUCGCCACCACCAAGGAGGUGCUGCAGCAGGAGCUGCAGGGGAUACACAGCUUCAGGUGGGGGGAUGGAGACAGACGAGUGGGGGGUGGAUGUGUAUAAAAUGUUUGUUACAUACUCAGAUCUAUCGACGCACACGGUGGUGACACUCGUCUGAUGAAAUGCACUGACACUCAUAUGAGACAAACAUGCAUCAAAUCAUAGUAAGCAGCAGUCCACCCCAACUAUUUAUUGUGGGUAAGCUUGAAGCAAAAAUGCAGCAUGGUUGCAGAACUGUAUCAUGCUGAAAGUUUAAAAUAUACACCACUUUGGUGGUCCUCUGUAGCUCAGCUGGUAGAGCACGGCGCUUGUAACGCCAGGGUAGUGGGUUCGAUCCCCGGGACCACCCAUACACAAAAAUGUAUGCAUGCAUGACUGUAAGUCGCUUUGGAUAAAAGCGUCUUCUAAAUGGCAUAUUGUUAUUAUUCUAGUCAGAAUGCUUUUCACAGAGUUUCAUUUGGAAAGUAUUCAGACCCCUUACCUUUUUUUGUUUACGUUUCAGCCUUAUUCUAAAAAUAAAUUCCUCAUCAAUCUACACACAAUACCCCAUAAUGACAAAGCAAAAACAGGUUUUUAGAAAUUUUCGCAAGUAUAUUGAAAAUUAAAAACAGAUUACAUUUACGUCAUUUAGCAGACGCUCUUAUCCAGAGCGACUUACAGGAGCAAUUAGGGUUAAGUGCCUUGCUCAAGGGCACAUCGACAGAUUUUUCACCUAGUCGGCUCGGGGAUUAGAACCAGCGACCUUUCGAUUACUGGCACAACGCUCUUACCCACUAAGCUACCUGCCACCAGAUUAUUUACAAAAGUAUUCAAACCUUCACUAUGAGACUCGAAAUUGAGCUCAGGUGCAUCCUGUUUCCUUUGAUCAUCCUUGAGAUGUUUCUACAACUUGAUUGGAGUCCACCUGUGGUAAAGUCAAUUGAUUGGACAAUUGAAAUAGACAGGCACACACCUGUCUAUUUAAGGUCCCACAGUUGACAGUGCAUGUCAGAGCAUAAACCAAGCCAUGAGGUUGAAGGAAUUGUCCGUAGAGCUCCAAGACAGGAUUGUGUCGAGGCACAGAUCUGGGGAAGGGUACCAAAACAUGUCUGUAGCAUUGAAGGUCCCCAAGAACACAGUGGCCUCCAUCAUUCUUAAAUGGAAGAAGUUUGGAACCACCAAGACUCUUCCUAGAGCUGGCCUCUGGCCAAACUGAGCAAUCGGGUGAGAAGGGCCUUGGUCAGGGAGGUGACCAAGAACCCGAUGGUCACUCUGACAGAGCUCCAGAGUUCCUCUAUGGAGAUGGGAGAACCUUCCAGAAGGACAACCAUCUCUGCAGCACUCCACCAAUCAGGCCUUUAUGGUAGAGUGGCCAGACGGAAGCCACUCCUCAGUAAAAGGCAGAUGAUAGCCUGCUUGGAGUUUACCAAAAGGCUCCUAAAGGACUCUCAGACCAUGAGAAACAAGAUUCUCUGGUCUGAUGAAACCAAGAUUGAACUCUUUGGCCUGAAUGCCAAGCGUCAUGUCUGGAGGAAACCUGGCACCAUCCCUACGGUGAAGCAUGUUGGUGGCAGCAGCAUGCUGUGGGGAUGUUUUUCAGCGGCAGGGACUGGGAGACUAGUCAGGAUCGAGGGAAAGCUGAACGGAGCAAAGUACAGAGAGAUCCUUGAUGAAAACCUGCUCCAGAGCACUCAGGACCUCAGACUGGGGUGAAGGUUCACCUUCCAACUGGACAACGACCCUAAGCACACAGCCAAGACAAUGCAGGAGUGGCUUCGGGACAAGUCUCUGAAUGUCCUUGAGUGGCCCAGCCAGAGCCCGGACUUAAACCCGAUUUAACAUCUCUGGAGAGACCUGAAAAUAGCUGCGCAGCAACGGUUCCCAUCCAACAUGACAGAGCUUGAGAGGAUCUGCAGAGAAGAAUGGGAGAAACUCCCCAAAUACAGGUGUGCCUAGCUUAUAGCGUCAUACCCAAGAAGACUCAAAGCUGUAAUCGCUGCCAAAGGUGCUUCAACAAAGUACUGAGUUAAAGGGUCUGAAUACUUAUGUAAAUGUGAUGUUUCCGGGUUUAAAAAAAAAAUACAUGAGCAGAAAUUUCUACAAACCUGUUUUUGCUUUGUCAUUGUGGGGUAUUGUCUGUAGAUUGAUGAGGGGGGGGAAAACAAUUUAAUCAAUUUUAGAAUAAGGCUGUAACGUAACAAAAUGUGGAACAAGUCAAGGGGUCUGAAUACUUUCCGAAUGCACUGUAAGUAGUUUUAAACAUGAGUCCCCAGCCCAUAGUUAACCAUAGUGAAUUCAAAGUGUGGCCUUUGGACACUGUGAUGCGUCUGAUGUCUCCUGUCUUUCCCCCCUGCAGACAUCUGGGCUCUCAGCUGUGUGAGCUGGAGAAGCUGAUAGACAAGAUGAUGGUGGAGGACUUCAGCAUGUACUCCAGGAGUGACCUCAGCAGGAGUCUGGAGGACGACGGACAGGUCAUGGAGAAGGUCUGUACCAUUGAGAUAAAAUAUAAACAAUGUUUACAUUUAAUUCUGUGGUCGGUAUAUUUAACUCAUUCAUUCUCAAUGACUGGCUACACAAAGGUUUAAAUGCACUAAAUCCACUGUCCGAAGACAGGAGAAAAAUAAGUUCUGGUUUGAACUCUAUAGGUUGAGUUCAACUAUAAAUGGACAAUUUUGUGAAUGUGUAGAUGUAGUUGAAGCACCAAACUGAGGUUGUUUUUUGUCACAGUGGUCACUGUUCUCACAGAUGCAAUACAAACGUUCAGUCUCAAUAAAGGUGGGUCUGACUCUUCCGAACAAGUUUGCUACUUGGAAUCAAGUGAAUAAAAAUGGCACAUUUUGGGUGCUCUUGUAUAGAUUGUUUUCCUCUGAUCUGAACAAUGUGUUGAUCUCUGCAAUCAUCAACCUAAUUUACAUUUCAGUAGCACAAUUACCUUUUGUUAUUAUGAGUAUGGGAACUUUUAAUGACUCUGAAGGGGAUUUUAAUUAUAUCUCCAUUACGCGGAAAUCAUUGUCUUAAUUGGAUUUAAAUAUGAAUCUCUUUGUUUAUUCAAGCUGUCUUGAAUUUGUAAUUUAAUUGGUGUCUUAUAAUAAUUGAUCUCUUGAAGUGAAGAAUUACUGUGAUUGUAUUGCUCACUCGUGUGUGUGUGUGUGUGUGUGUGUGUGUGUGUGGGGGGACAGGACAGGCUGGAGUCUCUGGUGUUUGGCUUGCUGAGGCAGCGGAAGCUGGAUUUUCUGGACAUCUACAGCGACGAGAUGAUCCUAGCAGCCAAAAGCAUCGUCACACAGGUAGAAGACUAGACAUAGAAAGUAUCAGAGAACAGACUAUACUUCAUGAUCAUAAACAUUUAUGGUGAAAUCACGAAAAAACAUCUUAGACAUUUUAAGAGUAUUUCCCAAACCUCUCCUCCAGCACCCCCUCCCAGUUCCACCUUUUGGUCUAUUCCUGAACUAGCACACCUGUAUCAAACGAGAAAUACACUUUGAAUUAGUAAAAUGGAAAGUAACAUACUCUUAUCCCACAGUGUGUUGUCGACUCGGUGUCGCAGAUUGAAGAAAUCAACACUGACAUUGUCACAAAGUGAGUAGAACAGCUAGCUAUACAUUGCAUGCUUUUGUAUUUCGCUUGAGCACAUUGAGCUGCAGGUAAUAUCUACCGAAUGCACUGGAGGUGUGGCCAAACAAUGGCAUGGUGAUCUGAGAAUCCUUCCUCAACAAAGGAAAGGAAGCUAAGCCAGUUGGUUACGGUUGUCUUAACGAGUUAGACUGCUUUAAUCUGUCAUCCUACCUUUGAAAGGAGUGCUUGGAAUAUGACAGGAGGGCUGUGAAAAAACUGUGGGUGUAGACAUCUAAUUAUGAGAGCGUAACGUUAGAUUGUCAGAAACGUAUUGUUUAGGACAGGGCUCUUCAACAGCCUUCAGAUCAUUUGAUUUAGCCCCCCCAAGUUUUCUUUUUUGUUGUUGAAUUUUUGUUGGUGGACAAAAAAGACUGUACAAUCACCAGGACAUCAGUUCAGUGAUUUUAAUUGAGGAAAUCUGUUCCCAGGUAUUCCCAUGCAUCAAUAGAGAGACAUGUGUGAUCGUAUCCCAAUUUAAUCAAGGUUUGAACUUAAAUCCUGGACUCUGGUCAGUUUAUUUUAAUACUUUUCUAUUUGCUAUGUUCUUAAAGUUUAACAUCACUACACCCCUGGGUUGUAUUCACUAGACACCAACUGGAAGACCCUGAAUAUGUCUAUUAACCGUUUAACCCAACCGGCUGGUAGAGUAUGUUUUGGCAAUGGAUAUAGAAGUGGAUAGGAAAAAAGUUGAUUGGUCAACUUCCCCAGCCCUCCUGCAUCAAUUAAAGUCAAAAAUGUGAUGUUUCCUGUGUGUGUGUACAUACAUACUGUACAUACAUACACUGAACACAAAUAUAAACGCAACAUGUAAAGUGUUGGUCCCAUGUUUCAUGAGCUGAAAUAAAAGAUCUCAGAAAUGUCAUAUGCACAAAAAGCUUAUUCCUCUCAGAUUUUGUGCACAAAUUUGUUUACAUCCCCUGUUAGUGAGCAUUUCUACUUUGCCAAGGUAAUCCAUCCACCUGACAGGUAUGGCAUAUCAAUAAUCUGAUUAAACAGCAUGAUCAUUACACAGGUGAUCUCUGUGUAUUCAAGUUGCCAUUGAUAAAAUGCAAUUGUGUUCGUUGUCCGUAGCUUAUGCUUGCCUGCCAAUACCAUAACCCCACAGCCACCAUGGGGCACUCUGUUCACAUCGUUGACAUCAGCAAACCGCUCGCCCACACGAUGCCAUACACGUGGUCUGCGCUUGAGGCCGGUUGGACGUACUGCCAAAUUCUCUAAAACGACAUUGGAGGCUUAUGGUAGAGAAAUGAACAUUACAUUCUCUGGCAACAGCUCUGGUGGACAUUCCUGCAGUCAGCAUGCCAAUUGCACGCUCCCUCAAAACUUGAGACAUCUGUGGCAUUGUGUUGUGUGACAAACUGCACAUUUUAGAGUGGUCUUUUAUUGUCCCCAGCACAAGGUGCACUUGUGUAAUGAUCAUGCUGUUUAAUCAGCUUCUUGAUAUGCCACACCUGUCAGGUGUAUGGAUUAUUUUGGCAAAGUAGAAAUGCUCACUAACAGGGAUGUCAACACAUUUUGUGCAAUUUGAGAGAAAUAAGCUUUUUGUGUGUAUGGAAAAUGUCUGGCAUCUUUUAUUUCAGCUCAUAAAACAUGGGACCAACACUCUACAUAUUGCGUUUAUAUUUUUGUUCAGUGUAGUUUUAAUAGACCAAUAAGAAAGAGCGUUCCAAACCUCUCUGUCAAUAACAGCUAGUUUUCUGUUUUCUCCUCACUCAGGCCACUCCCAGCUAAAUUUUGAGAAAUUGCUCUCUCUAAGAAGCUAUUUUUGUUUCUUUUAGACCAUUUUGAUUGUUUUCAAUCACACUAAGUUACUUAAUUGUUUCCCAGAAAUGAGAACAUUUUGAUAAAAACGGCUGCAUUGUGCCUUUUAGCAUACAGUAAUUUGUAUCCUUUUGGGUUGCUGCAUUUCAGUGUUGUGGCACUAUAACAUGCUAACCAAACCUGCUCCCCACCAGAUGCGUUCAUGACACAGGUUAAAAUACCAAAACCAACUGUGAGCCAACUAUAUUAAUUUGGGGACAGGUCGUAACAUUCAUGGACAUUUAGCUAGCUUGCUGUUGCUAGCAAAUUUGUCCUGGACAAUAAACAUUGGGUUGUUAUUUUACCUGAAAUGCAUAUGGUCCUUUUUGGACUGGAUCUUUUGUAGAAUUUUGACCCAUGUUGAGUCAUACAAAAUCAGGUGUUCUCUACUCUGACAAUUUAAUCCACAGAUAAAAAGGGGAAACCUAGUUCGUUUUUCUCAGAGCGUUGUAAAAUAAAUGUACACAUACAUCUUAGUCAAUCAUUUCAUCCAAACUGCUUGCAUGCGUCAACGAGCGUUUGCGUAGCCAGGCGCUAAAUUUUGAUGCUUGAGGCGCUGCAAGUCCCGCCUCUCCAUCUCCUCAUUGGUUUCUAGGAGCAUAUACCCACGUGGGUGAUUUAAAGAUUAACUGAGGUCAACACUCCAGUCAGUUGGUUGCCAACCACCAUAUAAAGUCCACAGAAGAAGACAACUGAAGGAGGAGAGAUUACUAGAAACUAACUAGGUUUCCCCUUUUAUUUUUUCCAUUUAGCUCGACCUUAAAUUACUUCACCAAUCAGUGCGGAGAGAACAGUUUAGGAGCACGCAAGCUAUAGUUGUUUACAUGCGCGAUGGACAGACAAUUGUAGGGUGACAGAUGCGACUGAAAUUUUGGGUGGAGGAGAAGGCUUGCCUUGAAGCGCUGGGCAUCUUAUGACAUGUAUUAUCAAUGCUAGUUAAAGAUACCAUAGUUAUCACGUUUCACAUUGGAUUUAUUAACUACAGAAAGGUAAAACUUGUUUUUAAUUCUGGUGCUGCUCUGUACACACAAGCUAGCUAGCUCUAGUCCAAAGUUAAGCCAACUGUCAGAAGUUCAAAGACAUUUAAAGUUCCUCUAUAGAAUCUGCUCCUACAUAGGUAUAAUUAUGUGGGCCUAAUUCAGAAAAAGUUAAUAAAUUAUUCUGUAAUUAAAAAUCUCUCCCUAAUUUCUUAAUCACGCUUCUAAGGUCAGUAGCCUAUGCUUCGGAGGGGGAGGGGUAGAGAACACACGAUUUUGUGUGAAAUUCUACAAAGAUCCAGAAUAAUAGGACCCUGUGCAUUUCAGGUAAAAUAACAACACAAUGUUUAUAUCCCAGGACAAAUUAGCUUUCAACAGCAAGCUCCAUGAAUGUUUCAUGUGUUUCGACUUUUGAGUGACAUGGUACUAUACACCACCUGAAAACGCAUACAUUUGAAUGUAAUUUAAUAUUUAGGUUUGGACAUACAAAAUUACCAUAAUUUGUAAAAAUUUGACGUCAGUCCUCAUUUAACAAUGCUUACCUACCUAUAAAAGCCAUUGAAGCAGACCUAAAGUAAUUUUUUAAUAUUGUUCGCAUGAGUAAAAAUGCUAUGCAAAUUACCAUUCUAAUAUGGCAUUGCUGGUAUGACCCUCCUGGUAGGGCUAUGUUAUUUAAUUUAAAAUAAACAUGAAGUUGGGAGAAGAGAAAAAAUUAUUGAAAGUUCUUAUUUGAGUUGUUAGUAAUAGGAAUUUAAGGUGAAAUAAUUGUUUCUAGAUUUUUUUUAAAGAGACAGUUGCAAAACAUCUUCUGUUGCAAAACGUUUUAAUAUGGUUGCACUAAUGAAUACGACCCUGCUCUCUGCUUCUGGUUGGUCAGGCUGGCAGACCAGAUGCGUCUGAUGACCUUCCCCCAGUGGUUUGAGCUGCUGAAGUCCGUCUUUGAGAACUUCAUUCUCUUACUGAAGAGGAUCAAGGUGAGGAUAAUACUUUAUUAAAACACAAUCCCAGUCGGUUAGAUUUAAUCAAAAUGGGAUUUAUGGAAUUAUCCUCUUGCUGAAUAAAAGACUUGAAGAAAGUUUAUUAAGAGGUAAAGAAAAUGAAAGGGUGUUAGGAUGCCUUGCUAUAUAAAUUAGCAUAGAAGAAUAGAAUAACACUUUAGCAUUAGUUAUUUUGCCAGUAUCUACGAAUUUUUAUUUGCCGUUUUUGGUUGUGUGUAAACCAGCUGUAUAAAGUGCAUUACUUUACUGCCCCAUUGUAGUACAUUAUUAAUACAUUUGUAGGACUCUGUUGAUGAUCUGUGCCUUAAAUUUAUCUGGUGUAGUUAGCAAGGUUGGGGUCAAUUUCAAUUCAAGAAGUACACUGAAAUUCCAAUGCUUUUCAAUGAGGGAAAUUUCCAUUUGGAAUUUAAAUUUGGUUUACUUUCUGAAUUAACUGAAAUUUAAAUGGAAGUGACCCCAACCCUGGUAGUUAGUUCCUCUGCUCUAAAAGUUAACCGUAUGUCCUCAUGCUGUGCCCCCCAGGCGACGCUGAGUGUGGUGAGGAAUGUGGUGCUGGAGGCGCUGGACAGCAACCAGAAGAGCCGUCUGCUGGAGCGGGCUGCAGCGGGGGCCCUAACUGAGGCCCCAGGGACCCUUCUCAACCAGGGGGAAGCAGAACUGGCCUACCUCACCCACGAGGGCCUGUUCAUCAGCGACGCUCUCAAUGAUGCCCAGCUGCACGUGGGGGCAAGCGGAGGCCAGGUGGAGAGCUCCUCCGUGGGGCCCAGACAGGCCCAGUCACGUAUGGAUGGUUGUGGUAGUGACUCCGCCUCAGGGACCACCGAGUCGUCCUCCAGCAGGGAACACGCUUUCCAGCCAGGAGGGGGCGUCGGCAUCUCGUGAGUCUCACCACCUUCACCAACCACAAACACUCACAUUUUUAACACUACUGAGUCAAGCUAUACUGUGCUGGCCUGGUUAUUUUUCCACCAAAGUAAAGUUUGCAACCCAAACAAGGCAAUGUGAAAAGGAUUCAAAACAUGCUGCACAUCUGUAUACUCUCAGGAAAUCAAAGUAACUGUCCAGUGUUUCCAGAUUUCUAUGAAAUAUGACCUAUAAUUCAUUACAAUAUGCGUGAAAUAGUUUUCCUUCCAAAAUGUUUUAUUUAUGUUAAAAAGCAGCUUUUCUGUGUUUGAAUGGUGUGAGUGUAUGCCAACAACAGAAUACAGGGUUUUUCUGGAUCAAAAAGUGGCUUGGCGUGGCAGUGGGCGCAGUCGGGCCGUUGGCGAGGCAACGUUUUAGAGGCCCCCAUUUUGGUGGUGUAGAGAAAUUUUUGAAGUUAAGCCAAUUUCCUGAAAUUUUACACAUUUCUCCAUAGAGCUGAGUGACAUAUUUGCAGUUUUUAAAGCUAAUUUCCUGCAAUUCUAUGCAUUUUGCCAUGGUUAACCCCUAGAAAUCAAGUUGGCAUAAUAACAAAAGCUAGAGAUAUCCUCCGAUGUCGGCCUUCCUCAUCAGCGGUGGAAGGUGGCCGAGCUACAGCAGUGUUUGAUAGACCAGGAGACAUCCCGAAAAUCGGUCUUCUCCCAAAAACGUCUGUAGCAUCCGAAUGGUUUGGCCAACAAACUAUUAUGACCCCUCUAUAUAAAGACUCACAAACUCCGUUUUGGUCUACGACCCACACAAGCGUCACGGGACUCGUCUAAAGUCGGAUCUGCCGACUUCUGUCUGUAGCAUCCGAACAGUUUGAGCACACACUAAUAUGACCCCUCUGUGGAAAGGUGAGUCUGAGUCUCUCUAGGACGCCCUCAAGCCUCACAAGACUUGUCUGAAGGGAGCCCAGUAUCAGUUAAAACAAAUUGUGGAAGUAUACACUCCAUUCACGAAAAUGGAUCGCUCUUACAGACAGUCACAUGGCCGUGGCUUGCUAUAUAAAGCAGGCAGACAGGCAUAGAGGAAUUCAGUUACUGUUCCAUUGAAUGUUAGAAUGGGCAAAACGAGUGACCUAAGUGACUGAGCGGCAGUCCUGUGGGCGAAAAGGGGGGGGGGUCCGGGGUCCGACCUGGUACUAGAUGGCUGUACCAAAUAAACUGCCCAAUGAGUGUAGAUAUGUUUGAAGGUUGGGACACCGAGUGUCCCUUCCUAAGUGCCAUCUGUAUUCUGUACAAUAGAAAUAGAAUGACUAAAAAGUGUCAUUCUAGUAAUUGUAUUUCUAUGUUGUCUGUCCGGCUGCAGGUCCAGUGAGGACAUGAUGCCCAGUGACCUGGAGCUGGGCCGCGUGGCCAAUAACAUCCAGGAGCUGCUCUACACCGCCUCAGACGUCAGCCACGACCGCUGUGUCAAAGUCCUCAUGGCCAGAGCCAAGGUAGCUAGCUAGCUUAACGUACGCCAUGACCGCAUAAACAACAUGCAGCAUGACCAAUGCACUCUCAGCUGGCUACUGUCAACUGUACAGACAGGGUUUGAAUUUCCAUUGAUGUUCUGAAUUGACAAAGUACAAUGGGAAUAACUCCAACCCUGCUAGUAGUAUUUCCUGUUUGUAACCUUGAAUAAUCCCUUCUUUCGCUCUCCGUCAGGAUGGCUCCCUGGAGCGGCUGAGCUCGGCAGAGUUUGUGUUUCUGUCCCAGGCGGUGGAAGGCUUUGUGAGGGACACGGAGGAGCUGUGCUGCAGACGCAGUGUGUCCCUAAGGGGGGCGCUACAGAGCCAGGCCAACCGCUUUGUCCACCGCUUCCACGAGGAGCGCAAGACCAAGCUCAGGUAUUAGACUGGAGAAGCACACACAGACACACACACACACACACACACACAUACUUCUUAAUAAGGAAUAGAGGUGCAAUACUUCAGGAACUUGAAAACAGUCUAUCCUAACUGUGUGUGUGUGUGGGUUCUCUCCAGUCUGCUGCUGGACAAUGAGCGGUGGAAGCAGGCAGAGGUUCCUGCAGAAUUCCAGGACCUGGUUAACUCCAUAGCAGAUGGCAGGAUCACAUUACCCGAACGCAAACCCCAAGGUAACAUAUACCAUUUGAGCAUAAAAUGAACACCCGCCACCCGCCAAAUGCGGGUAGAUUUAGAUAUUGGCAGGUAAGAAUGUCUAUUCACCAGCCACGUUGGCGGGUGGUCAAUUUGCAGGGCUCUACAGUGCGAGCAUUACAUUUACAAAAGUCAAGUAUGAGCACAGUUAGGGUUAGGAAAAAUGCUGCAGUAGCUGUUUUCAAAGUAUUUCUGCUGUUCUGCUUUAUAGUCCUCAAAGAAUAUUUGUCUGUCCCCAAACUGACUGAGUUUAUUUUCUGUCUUCUCAACACCAGGCACAGAAGAAAGGAAACCAAGUGAUUAUUUGCACAUUGAUGGCCAGAAAUAUGCUGUUGUUGGGUGAGUUUUGAUUACUACUAUGAUAAAUGCUCAUUUCCACUCCCACAUUCAAAACGGAAGGCAUGUAGCAGAAAUGCUGAUAAAAAUACCCUUAUUGACUCGUGACCUCUGUGUCCUCCUCAUCAGGACGGUGUUACUACUGAUCCGGAUCUUCCUGGAGUACUGUCAGUGUGUCAACGACAUCCCCUCCAUCGCCACAGACAUGCUCACCCGCCUCUCUGACCUACUCAAGGUAAGAACACACCGCACCACCCCCUGUGUGGCAACAGUCUCGAAUGAUGGUCUGAGAGUUGGCUAGAUUCACCUGGCAAGCAUCCCACUAAGAAACUGCAAUCAUGUUGUAUUGAAUGGUCCCUGACCCUCUGUCUCUCUCUCUCCUUUGACAGCACUUCAACUCGCGGAGCUGCCAGCUGGUCCUGGGGGCAGGAGCACUACAAGUGGUGGGACUCAAGACCAUCACCACUAAAAACCUGGGUAUGUUCCAGAGUAUGUGAGCGGAGCGGGAGCGUGCCCAAUUUGACUGGAGCGCGGCGUGAGAUUCCUAAAGGCUGGAGCGUCGGCCUUCUCGCCGCUCCAGUAGCGCUCACUUCACGAUCUCGGGGCAUGCCCGGCCCAGCAUGCAUUUGUAGUCUACUUGUGUGCUGCUGUCUAUAGCACCUUGCUUUAGAUACUGUCAUGGAGUUUGCUAAAUAUUUUCAUAAAGAAACUGAUAAAACACACAGGUGAUAAAUCAAGGUGACUUACAAAGAUGAGGACCAAGAGCAAGAGGGGGAGUGUGGUGAGGUAGUGUCCACAACUAAAGAAUCAUUAUGGAAUCUGAAAAGAUAAGUAUCCUGAAAGCAUGAUGGUGCACUUACUACAUGCACAUGCCAAAAGAAACGAACGAGGUGGGUAGAUAACUAAGUGUCAUUGUAGCAAACUAUUUCUAAACUAAAAAUCUGAUCUAAUUUUUUUCCUAUUAUCUAUACAAUAGGCCAUAAUUGAUUUUCUCCAAAUAGGGCUGACAUAUUCCUAUGUUCAAGAAGCUUUCUGUUUUGAUUGGGUUAUUUUGCCUAAAAACCUUUUUUUAGGCCUACCUAUAUAAAAAUUAAAAAAACAACUCUGCAUCUCUGCCCAGCCUGGCAUCCCCAGUGGCUCUGCAAUCAUGGAGGAUAUUCUCUGCUACUGGCCGGCUCUCCAGGCACCAUCGCAUGAGCCUGAAGCCACAGAAUGUCAAAACGUGUGCUUCUAAAAAUAAAUUCAAAGGCACUAAUAAUAUAAAUAAUUCAUUUUCGUUCCUUCUUAGGCUCCCAGUCUGACUCCUGACCCAUUUAGUGUUUAUAUGAUGUUUAAUAUAACAUGUAGCCUAUUUGAAAUGAUGAGCGCUUCUUAGAUUCACCUUUUCAUGUUUAUUCAAAUACUUUUCAUUCAAAUCAUAUGGUUUGGUUUCAAUACUUCAAAACCAAAUGGUAAAAUAGAUGGGUGUUGGUUAAAUUGUGAUUUUAAUGAAUGGAGCGAAUUAGGAGCGGCAGUUUUAUCUGUGAGCGGGAGCGGUUUUUAGUAGAGCGGUUGGAAAGGACUUGGAACGCCGGAGCGGUGCGCAAGCACUGCUCCAUGAGCGUGAUUUCCAACCGCUCAACUCCGCUCACAUACUCUGGUAUGUACUACUUGGGUGUGUCCAAUAAGACAAGCGCAAUUUCAUUUUCCAUUUUAAAUUGUGCGCCCCUACUGAACACAACCCAGUGCUUUUGCUAUAAACCGUAGGCUUUGCCCCACUACAGUGUUACCUCCAACCCAGAGGGGUGACCUCUACAUUUUAGUAUAUCUCUGUGUUCUGUGUAGAAAUAACCAUAGCGUGUGUCUGUCCUCAGCCCUGGCCUCUCGCUGUCUUCAGCUGGUGGUUCACUACAUUCCCGUCAUCAGGGCCCACUUUGAGACCAAGCUGACGCCCAAGCAGUACAGUGUCCUCAGGCACUUUGACCACAUCACUAAGGUGAGCACAGACCUGCAUGCAUGAGGAUGGAACUUUAGUUCGGAGAUUCACUUGUAAGCCAUGAGUGACACGAUGUGUAUGCCUUUUGAAUUUAAGAUUUUUUCUUCUAUUUUGUCCAGGACUACAACGAUCACAUAGCGGAGAUCUCCGCUAAACUGGUGGCAAUCAUGGACAGCUUGUUUGAGAAGGUGCUAUCUAAGGUGAGUUAUACAGUUCCAAACCUCUCAAACUCUCCCUGUCUAACCUACAAUACCACUUAAAAAAUGUGCUGUAGCCAAUGUCAAUCAGUGCAUCAACAUAUAAUGUGAAUAUCUACUUUGUCUCCUGCAGUAUGAAGUCAAGGCCCCCAUGCCUUCGGCCUGCUUUCGGAAUGUCUGUAAACAAAUGGCCAAAAUGCACGAAGCCCUCUACGAGCUGCUACCUGAGGAGCAGGCGCAGGUAAUAUGGCAAUAAUACCACAGAGAUCCUAUUAAAUUACUGCUAAUUAUUCACAUUUGUAAUUCUGAAUAAUACCAUGUACUAAGUAACUACUGUAAAUAGUCACUUCUACCGCUAUUCUCCUUGGCUGAAUAAAUUAUGCGCUUUUACAACAUACUGGGCACGUUCCAGGUUGUCUUCAUUGCAGUCGCAACUACAGUGAAGAUGAUCUAGAACGUAGCCAUUGACUAGAUAUGUUGGGUUUUGAGGGUAACUUUGUCUGUGUUUUUUCUCUGGGCCUAGAUGUUGUUCCUGAGGAUCAAUGCAAGCUUUAAAAUGCACCUUAAGAGGCAGCUGGCCCGACUCGGGGUGCACCACGAUGGUGGACCUCAACAUGGGUGGGUGUUUCUCAAGUCUUAUUCUGUGGUGGUUGAGAUAAAACAACAUUUCUGUAAUAUUGCCCAAAAAAUUGUCCUACAGUUAUAUUAUCUCUGCUUGAUGAUUUUGAUUGACCAUACCAAAAAGAGUAAACAUGUAAACUCAGCAAAAAAAGAAACGUCCCUUUUUCAGGACCCUGUCUUUCAAAGAUAAUUAGUUAAAAUCCAAAUAACUUCACAGAUCUUCAUUGUAAAGGGUUUAAACACUGUUUCCCAUGCUUGUUCAAUGAACCAUAAACAAUUAAUGAACAUGCACCUGUGGAACGGUCGUUAAGACACUAACAGCUUACAGACUGUAGGCAAUUAAGGUCACAGUUAUGAAAACUUAGGACACUAAAGAGGCCUUUCUACUGACUCUGAAAAACACCAAAAGAAAGAUGCCCAGGGACCCUGCUCAUCUGUGUGAACGUGCCUUAGGCAUGCUGCAAGGAGGCAUGAGGACUGCAGAUGUGGCCAGGGCAAUAAGUUGCAAUGUCCGUACUGUGAGACGCCUAAGACAGCGCUACAGGGAGACAGGACGGACAGCUGAUUGUUCUCGCAGUGGCAGACCACGUGUAACAACACCUGCACAGGAUCGGUACAUCUGAACAUCACACCUGCGGGACAGGUACAGGAUGGCAACAACAACUGCCCGAGUUACACCAGGAACGCACAAUCCCUCCAUCAGUGCUCAGACUGUCCGCAAUAGGCUGAGAGAGGCUGGACUGAGGGCUUGUAGGCCUGUUGUAAGGCAGGUCCUCACCAGACAUCACCGGCAACAACGUCGCCUAUGGGCACAAACCCACUGUCGCUGGACCAGACAGGACUGGCAAAAAGUGCUCUUCACUGACGAGUCGCGGUUUUGUCUCACCAGGGGUGAUGGUCGUAUUCGCGUUUAUCGUCGAAGGAAUGAGCGUUACACCGAGGCCUGUACUCUGGAGUGGGAUCGUGGUGGAGGGUCCGUCAUGGUCUGGGGCGGUGUGUCACAGCAUCAUCGGACUGAGCUUGUUGUCAUUGCAGGCAAUCUCAACGCUGUGCGUUACAGGGAAGACAUCCUCCUCCCUCAUGUGGUACCCUUCCUGCAGGCUCAUCCUGACAUGACCCUCCAGCAUGACAAUGCCACCAGCCAUACUGCUCGUUCUGUGCGUGAUUUCCUGCAAGACAGGAAUGUCAGUGUUCUGCCAUGGCCAGCGAAGAGCCCGGAUCUCAAUCCCAUUGAGCACGUCUGGGACCUGUUAGAUCGGAGGGUGAGGGCUAGGGCCAUUCCCCCCAGAAAUGUCCAGGAACUUGCAGGUGCCUUGGUGGAAGAGUGGGGUAACAUCUCACAGCAAGAACUGGCAAAUCUGGUGCAGUCCAUGAGGAGGAGAUGCACUGCAGUACUUAAUGCAGCUGGUGGCCACACCAGAUACUGACUGUUACUGUUACUUUGAUUUGACCCCCCCUUUGUUCAGGGACACAUUAUUCAAUUUCUGUUAGUCACAUGUCUGUUCAGUUUGUCUCAGUUGUUGAAUCUUAUGUUCAUACAAAUAUUUACACAUGUUAAGUUUGCUGAAAAUAAAAGCAGUUGACAGUGAGAGGACGUUUCUUUUUUUGCUGAGUUAUUUACGACAGAUUUAAACCUACUCUUGAACUAAAAUGCAUGCUCAAUGGAGAAUCUCCAAUGAAAGUGAUUUCUGUCCAGAACCAAGCAUAAUGUGUCUGAUAAAACAGCUCCUUGUCGCUAAAGGACAAUGUACCUUACAAUUUCAAUGGACUUGUUGAAUGAUGAUGACUUGAAAGCACUUCUGAUCCCCCCACAUAAUGACUCCCCUUUCUCUCACCCCACUCCAGGCUGGUGGCGGUGGAUGUGGCAUUUUACACUGAGAACGUUCAGUCACUGAGGACACUUGAAAAGCUGGACUUGAACAUGGCUGAGAUCUGGGAGCAGAAGAGGUGAUGAUGGCGGUAGUAGUCGUCUUACCUACAGUGUGUGACGCCAUGUUAACCCACCCUGGAGGGAGGGGAGAAACGAACUAAUCAGAUUCUUGUUGUAAAGAGACCUGUUGCUUCACCCUCCAGCAGCCGGCCUGCCCAGGGGACCAUGGAGCUCACUGAAGCCCACCUGAAGAGGGCGCUGUCUGGGUACAGAAAGAGA